CACUGUUCCGACGACGGUGGAAAAAUGGCGUCAAAGUAAGUGAUUCAAAGUGGCACUGGGAAAGUACGGCUGGGCAGAUUUUGUGAAAUUUUAGCCGUUUAGAGUGCGUUCUGGGGUCUCUGAAGGGCCCUAAAGGUGGACCCUACGGAAAAUCGAUAGAUAGAAGGAUUACCGAGCAGCAAAAGCAGAGGCUGUUAUUUAUCGCAAAACGCCGUCGCUCUGUAACCCGAGACAACCGCAAAACUUGCACUCAACAUAAGGGGUGGCUAAGCUGCCUCCCCCCAAACCACUUCCCGUAGGAAGGCGUCAUCGUCCUUACAUUCCUGACCCCACAACAAACGGAUUCCUGAGAUAGCUCGUCACGAACCCCACAAAACACAGUCAGUGUUAGAGUCAUGUCAGGACGCCACUAGAAGAAGAAGAAGAAGAAGUAGGAAUUUACGCCCCAGUAUUUGUCCGUACUGCACCGCAGGAUUAAUCCCCCUAAAAUCAAAGCACCAUGGAGGAACUGCUGUUGACGAUCGUGAAGGAGGCCACCGGAAGCAAGCAGCAAAAUUUGAAACAAGCCGCACAAAUCGCCCACGAUAAGCUCUUGCGCCAGCAUGGCAUCCACCGGGAUCCGUCGUACGAGCUGCGAACGGUUUGCUUUACCGCGCUCCAGAUGGCACUGGAGACGAAGCGGCCCAAGUUUGUCACCUACGGGUUGAACGGAUUGCAUCGCAUCAUCCGCGACGAGCGUUUCUUCUUCGGGCUGGAACCGGAGGACGACUCGGUGUGGCUUCCGGCCCAGUUGCUACGCACCACCUCGGGCAUCUCAACCGUCGGCAACGAAGACACCGUGGUCAACGUGCUGCGUUUGUUCCUCUCGAUGGCCUGCUCACAAACUUGUAUGAACGGUCGUCUGCUCAUUGAAGUGCUGUCCAAAUGUGGCGAAUGCUGGGAGAAUGGAUCCAGGGCGGUGAAGGCCGCCUCGCUGGCCGCCGGAAGUCAGUGCCUGAGGGCGUUCUGUAUGUUUUUGAAGGACGAAGCGGAGGAGAUACUGCGAACCGGUCCGGCUGGGAUUAUUAAUGUUGGAAUGGCCGCAGCGGUUUAUAACGAGGUCAUUCCGGUUAUGCAGUGGCUUUGCAGCAGGUUGAUUGAACCGACGACGGGAAGUCCGAAGAGGACCGAUACGGCUGGGUCGUUGUAUCUGAUGGAGUGCAUUUUGACGCUGGUAACUGCGCUUCCGCCGGAUGUCCACGCAAAUCCGCACUUUACGGCGUUUCUGUGGCAAAAGUUUUGCCCCACGUUGGCCGCCACGCUGGGAUCACCUGGAAGGGUCAACAUUGACAAGAAGUUUACCUACAAGGAUGCCAUCCACCUGAUCGAGAGUGAGCACCGCGGAUUCUUUACCCGGCCCGGGCUGGAUGGUCCCCAGGCGCGGUGCAUCUACCUGACCAGCGUUCAGCUGUUACGAAUUGCGGGAGCUCAGGGCACGUUGAGGCCUAUGUUGGAGGCGCUGUUCCAUCGGAUGCUCCUGUUGCCCGUUCCGGCGAAUAGGGCGGAACCGCUGCGGUGCGUUAGGGAGAUCUUCAAGAGUCCGGAGCGGUUGAUUGACUUGGCGGUGAUUUUGUACCCGGACAAGACGCAGGGACAGAGCUGCAGCGAUGAUAUGGCGCUGUUUAGAUUGAUCAUCGACGCAAUGGAAGAAUGCGCCACCUCGGCGCAAAACUCGUCCGGCGGCGUCACCAGCUCCAACUCCGUCGACAACUCGAUGACCUCCAGCGUGGAGUGCAUCGUCGCCCUGCUCGAGAGCCUCCAAACGCUGUGUUCCGGGAACUUUGACGAGUCGAUCAUCAGUGAUCGCGUCACAGAUGCCGUCAACGCGCGGUACUAUCAGCUGCGGGAGGUGGACUAUACGGGUCCGCUAACAUAUCAAUCGAUGGCCAGGUUGCCAGCUCCGUAUAGGGAUGCCGUGGCGGAACUGCGACAGAGCGGGUUCGAGACUUCGUCCGAGUCGGAGGUUGAUGGGGAGCACCAGAUCGAUCCGGAAGCGGGAUCAAUGGGAUCGGGAGAUACGGAGGGACCGGAAGAUGAGGCGCACUCGUCGAGCGAUGAUAUUUCCUCGAAAGCCGACGGGAACUGGCCGUGGGCACAUCUGGAGGAGCCGCCGCACACGAGGUCGGACGUGGACUGCGAUCGGCACCACGCGAGGGAGUUUGCAAAGGUUCUGUCGAAUGAUUUGGUGGGGAAUUUGCUCAAGCUGAAGGCUUCUGUAGAAGUUGAUGAGGCAAUCCAGGAGUUUGCGUCGAAUAUCUGCCAGCAAAACAGCUUGAACUAUUCAGAUUAUGACUACAACUUGACAGCGCUGAACGCGGAUGGAAUCUAUUUAGCGACCUACUCGGCGCUUCUACUGGCACUGCAGCUUAUGAAGGCCGGUCAUUAUGACGAGAACCAUGAACCGGUGUUGAUUCCGUUAUCCGAGCAGCAGUUUGUUACUUCCGUGCAGAACGCCGGAGUUCUAGUCUACCUUAGCUCGGCUUGGCUCCGCGAACUCUACCAGUGCAUCCUAGCGAACAAUCCACUAAGCUUGCUGAAAUCCGUGGAGAACACCGACGGAUCACACUGCGCCCUCGUAGACAUGCUGUACGACGCUGGUGGAGUCGGUCCCACGCAGAUGCUGUCCGACUGGCAGCGACUCCAGUCGGUAGUAAGAAUUCAAAGCGAACCAACCAUUAAGCAACUCGCGGCAAAGAAGCUUGCCCGCAGAUUACUAACCUGCUGCUGGGACUCAAUGGUCACCGUCCUGACCGCGGGACUGGGUGAAGUGGACGAUUCCCGCACAGCCCGUCUGGUAAAACUGUCCAAGAAAACCCUGCGAGUCAAGAAGAAGGCCCGUUGCUCUGGCGAAGCCCUGUACGCUCUAAGCUUAGAAGGACUCCAUGCCGCAGCCACACUGAGCAACUCCCUGAACCUGCAACAUCUAGCUGGCAAAAUCUUAAACCUAAUCGCGACCAACGUGUGUCAAAACUCCGGACCAAAGAUCCCUGCCAGCCAGGCCCUGUCCAUGGACGUGGUGCUGUCCGGCGGACUCGAGCUGGGCUCACAUUCCGCAGACUGCUGGCUGCCGGUGUUCUCCGUCUGUCGGCAUGUCACCCAGCUGGAACACGACCUAUUUAGCUCGCAGAACGCCGCCAUGAACAACGCCUCGUCGAACGUGGCAUCAAACGGAAGUGGAAAGGAGGCGGACUCUCCAGCGAAGACAAACGGACCAGGGGACAAGCUGAACCUGUCGGCGUACCCGAUCGACGAGGAUGAAACUUGCGUGGACGUGUACAGCUUCCUGCAAGCCCCGCUGCCCAACUCGAACGCCAACGUCGCGACCAUCCUGAAAGCGUACUCCGGCAACGACGCUAUUAACCUAUCCCAAGCGGACACGGCCAAGAUGCUGUGCGCGUUGUCGCACCAAGCGGACACGCUCUUCUCGGACGCGGCCGAACGGCUCAGCCUACCAGCGCUGCUCCAAUUCCUGAAGAGUCUCUGCCGGGCGUCCCGCGAGCAACUGUACCGCAACAGCUCCUCCAAGAAGGGCAAAAAGUCCUGGUGGUUGGGCCGACCGUGGAAGGUCAAGAACGACUCGUUGCCGCUGUCGCUGCUGCUGCACCGGGUUGGGGACGUGACGCUCAAGGUGUUCCGCGGACCAAGGCCGCUGCUGCACAUACUGAAGGUUUGGGCCAUCACCGGGCCGCAUCUGAUGGAUGCCGCCUGCCACAAGGACCGCACGAUCUCGAAGCGCGCCAUCGAGUACAUCCACGACAUCAUCACGGCCCUGCUGGUGGAACAAUCCGAACUUCCGCACUUCCACUUCAACGAGGCGUUGCUCAAACCCUUCGAGAACCUGCUCAGCAUGGACUCGUGCGACGUUGACGUGCAGGACCAGAUCGUCGGCUGCUUGUACGAGAUCGUCGAAGCACACCGCACGGAGAUCCGCUCCGGCUGGCGGCCACUGUUUGGAACGCUGCGAACCGCCCGAAACCGUCCCGUUCAUCUGUCCAACAUCAUCGACAUCUUCCACGUGUUCCUGGAGACGGACAAUACGCUGGUGUUUGCGAACGCUGGGUUGGACUGUAUUCUGUGCUUGUUGUCUUAUUUGGAGAUAUCCGGAAGUGGGGGGAGUGUAGCUGGGGCGACCGGGGGUGGUGGAGGUUCCGAAGGGGCUAACGAGGACAAUAACAUACGAUCGAGUGAUUUUUUAUAUGAUGCGCUGAAGUUUCUCGAGCGUUGCUCGUCGAUCCUGAGCUUCAUGUUCAACAUGCCGCAGUGUCCGAACCUGCACUCGACGUACAAGAUUAAGGGAAUCACGUACACGCACAUCAUCGACGCGAACAUCCCCAACUCGAUGGAGAACUUUACGUACUUUGGGCAGGACUACCUGCAAAGCAGCAACGAGCAGUACAUGAUCAGCUAUCGAUCGCUGCACAUCGACAAGGAGACGAUCACGAAGAUUGACGAGCUGGACAAGCCAAGUGGAGUAUUGAAGGUGUGGUUCCUGCUGCUGGACGGACUGACCAACUCGUUGAUUGUGUGUCCGAUCGCGCAUCAAUCACCAAUCCUGCAGUCGAUCUUCAAGCUGUUCAAGUCACUGCUCGCGAAUCCGGGUAUUGAGUUUGGGUUCUACUGCAUCAACCAUCUGCUGAUUCCGAUGAUCCAGGAUUGGCUGCGGUACGUAAACAAAGCCCAGAAGAACUGGGCCUUGAUCGAGAAGAACUUCAAGCACUGCUGCUGCAUGACGACGGAUUUGGUGGUGGAGUUUAUCGAAAAGUCGCAGACUACGCUGGAGGAACGGGUCGUGAUCGGAAGCGAGCAGUCGUACGAGAGUCAGAAGCAGCAGCAGGCGAUCAAGAAGAGCAAGUUUACGUCGAUUGUGAGGCCAGUGGAUAACCUCAAGUACAGCAAGCUGAGGAAGAUGGGGUCGGUAGAUGAGCAACCGCAGCCGGCACAGUUCUCGAGCUACUACAGCAAGAAGGAGGAAGAAGUUCCGAGCGCGACGAAGAUCCCGACGGCGGCGAUCUUGGCACUCAAACAGCUCCUGCUGGUGCUGAUCGAGUGUUCGGCACAGUCCCAGGAGACGAUCGCACGGGUUGGGGUGAGCUGCAUGAAGCACAUCAUCUUCUCAACGGGGCACAUCUUCAACGAGGACCAGUGGAUGGUGAUCACGUCGGCGAUUCAUCGCGCCAGUACGGUGACGAUGGCACCUUUGAGACAGCUGAUCUUUGCGUUCAACGAGAACUCAAACAGCUUCUACGGAGACUGUGCGAACGUGAAGGUGGCGGCACGACGGGACAGCACGCUGGAUGAACUUCAGAGGGUGCACUCGUUGGCGCAGCAGGUGUUCUUGAUGGACAAUCAGCGAGAUAUGAUCAAUAGCAAGAUGAACAAUAACGUUGGAGGUGGAUUGAACGGAGUGAACGGGGCUGGUACUGCGAAUGACGAUCGAUCGUACUCGUUUCUGCUGUACCCGUUGAACUGUAACACGAACAUGACUCAGUCGUGCUCGGCGAAUGGUGGAGGGAUCAGCGCAUCGUUACAAAGCAACGGACUCAACCUAGACAGCUACAUCAUACGGAUUCCGUACAGAAAUCUGGUCGUGGGAAUGCUUGCUAGUCAGAUGUUGCUCCAGCUAAUCGCAAACAUCCUGCUGAAUGGAUUGACGAACGUGCCACACGAGCUGAACUCGUGCAUCUACAACGGAGCGGAUGCUGGUGGCGGUACCGGAACUAGCAGCACAAGCAAAGCUCUCUUCCAGCUGGGCUAUCGAAGCAAGGAAGUUCUACUGCGAACUCUGAAACAAUUUCUGAUCUGUUCCAUGGACUUUGACAUGCGACCGGGACUCAAGUUCCUCAUCCAGAAGGUUUCCAACAUCGAGAGCGCCGCCAACCUGUACAAGCAGAUGACCUCCUCGUGGAUCAUCAACUUCAUGACCCUGGUAGACGUGUACAUCAACAACAUUCGGGCGUACAGCCUAACGGAAGAUGACGUCAAGUACAUUCUAGACUCGUGCAGCCACAUGACGGCCGCCAGCCAGCAGUGGAAGAAGAACGAAAACUUCGUCCACUACCUGCUGGCCCUGCGCGAUCUCUGGGACCUCAUCGCCGAGCACUACAUCGACAACCUGGACACGAACGGAAACCCGGACGGCUCGAUCGUAACGCACAUCGUGGAGAACAAGCUGGAGAAGUACGAACGCUUCGACGACAAGCUGGACAACAACAGCUCGGACGGUGAACAGGCGGGAACGCCCGAAGGUAUUCGCGAGCUGCCCGUGGACGACGAUGACGAAGCAGACGACCAUCAGGGGUCCGCCAUCAACGAUCCGGAGUCUCCUACGAAAAGCGAAGAGGAAAGCGUUUCCGUCUCCACGAUCGUUGGCGGCAGUGGACGCCUCAACCCGUUCAACAUCUCGACGAGCGCCCAGCAACAUCUGCAACAUCAGCAGCAGCUGCAGCACCAGCAACAACAACAGCAAUCGAUCUCGCCGGAGAUCGAACAGCAGCGAACCAACAGCAUCCAGAAGGAUUUGAUCAGCAAGCGAUCGGCGCUCAAACAGUUGAUCGUGGCGUCGAUGGAAUUGCUAAAGCUACUUCCGGAGGAGCAGGCGGAGAUCCUUAAACUUUUGCUAACGCCCAAGAUUCGGGAAGCGUUCCGCGCGGUCCAGGAGCAAGGAGCCGGCGGAAUAAGCAUGGAAUGAAACGACACAAACACAUAUGCAAGUUUACAUUUCGAUUGAUGACAAGAUAUAAUCGACUAGACUGAAAAAUCGUUUAACAAAAAUAUAUAUCGCAAAUUUACAGACAAUGCAAAUCCUGAAUUGAAGUUGAAUGGAAGAUCAAGAAAAAAUACAUAUUUUGAUGAUAUAUAGCUUUACAUAAUUUAUACAUUUAAGCAUGGAACAAAAAAUCAUAUAUACCAACAUAUAUAUACAUUAUUGAAGCCACGCCUCCUGUUCCAAAUCCCCUAACAAAA